AGUCGUACUGGUGCUCGAAAUACCUCUAUUUCUCCAUCAAAUACCACUAGCGGGUCUUCAGGUACAGCGACAACGGCAACUACGGCGUCAUCUGGUAGCACUGCCACCUCUGCAACUACCACUGCUGUCGCUUCAGCUGCUGGGCCUGCUACUGCUGCCACAAGCGUACGCCUCUCCUCUGCCGAAGCAGAGGCGACUUUGCAAGAAAUGGCUGCAUCAGUGGCCCACCUUGGCACCCGAACAGGGCUUGAAGAAUCAGAGGCUGAGAGAGGCAGUGUGACCUCUUCCUGUACUACCGGUUCCAGUGCCGGUCUCCCUCCGCUCUAUGAGGAAGCCGUCCAAUUGCUCUCCGAACAGCAGCAGCAUCAACGGAGGUGGUCUCCUUCUGCCCCUAGUAAUGAUUUGUAG